UGUAUGUUUUGGUUUCGUGAAGCUCGUUCUCUCUUCUUGUUAUUUUGUUUUUCUGUGGUUCGUCCAUUUCAACUUAACAUAUUAAAUACCUAUGGUUCCAUAGGUCGCUGGAACUGAAGGAUAUGCAUCGCCGGAGUACAUGAAAACUGGGCACCUCAGUUCAAAACAUGACGUAUGGGGUUACGGUGUGCUCCUCUAUGAGCUCAUCACCGGUCGCCGUCCCGUUGACGGGAACCGCCCAAAGGGCGAGCAGAAACUCCUGGAUUGGGUGAGACCAUACGUUUUUGACAUCAAAUCGUUCCCCACCAUUAUAGACCCGCGACUCGAGGGAUUCUACGACCUCAAGUCCAUGAUAAAGUUGGCAGAUGUGGCGAAUCGCUGCCUCCGCGUGCUACCGAAGGCACGCCCAAAGAUGAGCGAGGUGUAUGAGAUGGUCCAGAGGAUUGUCGACAGAAUUGAGAGUGGCUCACCAGAGCCUCGUUUGCACUACCAUGGCUUGACUUCUGAACCAGGUGAGAAACAAACGAUGAAAGGGUCGCUGAAGAGAAUCUUCCGAGAAUUCAAAUUCGGUUACCACCAGAGAGUAUGGCGCCGGAAGAAGUCGAGCCAUCCCAAGGAGAAGACUAUAAAAGGCCGAUUUGCGGACAAGAUAGACGGAGGUGCUCCUGAUUCAUCAAAGACGAGGACGACACAUUCAUAUACUACAUCGAGUCUGUUGUCCUCUUAUGCAGUGGGUACAGAAACGUCUACCUCGGCCUCAUCCUGCUGAAUUCCCUGUGACUGGUGAUGCCUCACAAGAACGAGCUCAGAGAAAGUCCCUGG